UGGGCAUGAGAUCGGUGAGCUUUGUUGGGCCCUGAUCGACUGUGAGGCUCGGUGCCGGGCCUUACGGCACGGAACCCUGGCUAAAAAGAGCCACAAAGUCUUUGUUUCUUUGUUGAGCUUAUUCGCGAGCCCGCCCCAGCUCUUGAGAUUGCUUUCUACAAGAGCGAGACCCAUCUGUGUGAUCAAGCAGCAUGCUUGUUGCAGCCUAUCGAUUUGUCCUCUGCGUCAAGAAAUUUCCGUUUGCCUCAUCGUCCACGCCACGCGUGCGUUUGGUUACUCGUAGCAGGUUAAAGGAGCAAUCCCUAAGGGUCCCAACCAUGGGGCUGCCUUCAGUCUCAACCCCUCCUGUAUCCUUCCGCGUGGAUAGAAUUGGCGGACAUGCUACAGAGAUUGUGGACUUACGUGCGGACAAACCGGCUUUUCAUGUUUUUUUCGUUCCCGGUAACCCAGGUGUGGUGGCCUACUACAAAGACUUUCUCGAGGCCCUGUUCGACCACCUCGCUGGUCAAGCAUCGGUUACAGCGAUCAGCCAUAUCGCACAUGUGUCGAAGGAUUGGGAGCUUGGAAGGUUGUUCACUUUGCAAGAUCAAAUAAAACAUAAGGUUGAAUUUGUGAGAGACAUUAUUCUUCUAGAAUCACCAGAAGUCCCAAUUUUUCUGGUGGGUCAUUCCAUCGGGGCUUACAUUGCUUUGGAAAUCCUCAAGGAAUUCCCUUCUCAGGUACAUCAUGUUAUUGGGCUUUAUCCUUUUUUGACUUUGAACAAGCAUUCGAAGUUUCAGAGCAUCUUGGGACAAGUGGCUGCGACGCCAGCACUUUGUACAACAAUAAGCACAUUUGCAGGUCUUGUGGGACGGCUCCCAAAAGGUCUAGGAAGGAUUUUAGUGAAAGUGCUGUUAGGCCGUGUAUGGGAUCCCCUUGCUGUAGAUGUGACGUGCCAAUACAUGUUACAGAAAAAUGUUGUACACAAUUUCUUGUACAUGGGAAGGACUGAAUUUGCAUCGUUAUCUCAAGAGCCAGAUUUGGCAUACUUGAAGGAAAAUCAAAACAAGACUUCAUUCUUGUUUGGUAUUGAUGAUCAUUGGGGGCCAUUGACGCUCCUUGAUGAGAUAUCCGAAAACAUCCCGGAGCUAUAUCUCUCCGUCGAAAGAGAAGGACACCUGCAUGCCUUCUGCUGCUCAAAGGCGGGCUCCAACUGGGUAGCUCGUUUUGCAGCAGACACCAUUCUUAGUAAGAAGCCUUCUGCUCGACUGUAGAGUUGUCCUGGAUCUGGGCAUCUAAAAAUACCUUCUACGUCCCCCUACUGUAUGUAUUUCCUGGACGACUUAUUUGACCAAGAGCCCAUCUCUUCGCAUCUCUUCGAAUUCAAAUCAUUUUGAACCAAGUCCGCAUGUGAGUGCUUUUGUGUCGCACACAGAACCUGUUCGCUUGUGAAUCGAAUAUGCAGUGUUACUCUGCUAUUCCAGUGUUCGACAGUCUCCAAUAUCUAAGCUAUGUGGUGUCUCGCUAUUUA